AUGUCGGUGGGGCGGUGGCUGCCGGCGUCGUGGUGGUGGCUGCCGGCACUACUGUGGGGCGGCGCGGGGGGCUACGUGGUAGUCAGCUCGGUGUCCUGGCCGCUGCCCGAGGAGGGGGCGGCGGCUGACGAGCUACACAGCUCCUCCACCGAGGAGGCAAUCCCCGCGCUGCUGGAGGAAGCAGGGGGCCUCUGGAAGCAGAGCUACCCGGCCUCGGCUUACCGGGAGGAUGCGGCCCUGGGCUCCGGGCCGGCGGGGCGCCGGCCGGGGCAGGGGGCCACCCCCUCCAGGAUGUUUUCUUACCGACGGGAGGGCGGCGGGGCGCCUGGCCGCGCCGGGACCGCCCGCUACCUCGCCCACUACAACACCUGGGGCUUCGUGGCUACGCGGUCCGCGCAAGGAAAGAUCCAAGGUAUGCCCUAUGGGAACUGUUUACUUGUCAGUGACGGUCCUGUCAAUAACAGCACUGGAGUCCCUUUCUUUUACGUGACACCAAAGGACAACACUGUGGCAGAUCUUCUGAAGACUCCUGUGGCUUCUCUGACCCUCCCAGAAGCCGAUGGAAAUUUCUGCAGAAAAAACGUAAUCGAUCCGGAGGAUCCAAGGUGCGCCAGGCUGACUCUCAUGGGGCAAAUGGUCACGGUGCCUCCAGGGGAAGUGGAAUUUGCCAAGCAAGCAAUGUUUUCCAGGCACCCAGUUGUAAGAAAGUGGCCUCGUAGCUAUGAGUGGUUCUUCAUGAAAAUGAACAUUGAGCACAUCUGGCUUCAGAGCUGGUAUGGAGAAGUUUCUGUCAUUGCAGUAGAAGAGUAUUUAAAAGCAGUUCCAAGUAAAGGAUGA